UAACUACCCCACCAACUUCUUCUAAAUACAUGGACCACCACCUGACACGGUUCAAACCGAAGAUUUCUGCCCCGUCCUCCGCCGUUUCUCGCAUCCGGCUCAGGUCUCAGGAUUUCGAACUGCCUUCAAAUCCCUCUUCCCCCUUGUCCUGAGACCUCACCCCUCCCGAUCCCGCCGUCCAAAGCCGUAGCUUUGUCCUUGUCCUUGCGGCUCCGGCGAUCUGUUCGACCCCCCGGUUCGUCCCAAUCGGUGAGAAAACCCGGAUCGAAUUGGCGCCGGGAGAGGGCAGGCCGUCGGGAUGCAAGAUUCGUUUUUUGGCGGUUGUUUGAGCCCUUGACGGAGUUUGGCGAGCUGGGCUCUGUCUGGGUGAGAGACCUGGAGAGGUUGCAAAGUCCAAAUCUUGCUUUCGGUUAGGGAAUUGGAUAGGUAUGGGGUGGAUAGGCUUUGUCGCCGUCGGUGGGCCUUUUGCCAGGGAUAAUUCGCUUGAGUUUCUUGGAAUAAAUGAGAGCUGCGAUCCUUGGGAGUUGGGAUGCUCGUUUGGGGCUAAUUCUGGGGAAUUUCGCUCAGAAUUUUGUUGGAAUCUGAGUCUUCUCUCAAUUCUUCUUCAUGGAAAAUGGCUAGUAACCUUGUAUACUUUAUGAUUGCUAGGUAAUUUGGCGGCGAGAUGGAGCCGGAUAUGAUAGAGCAGGAUGGAGGGUAGGAAGGGUAGCGCAAAAUUCAGGAAGCUUGUUGGGCGAAUGGCGAUGGAGUGCUUGUGCUCUGGUGAGCAGCUGAAGCGGGCGGAUGAGACCAUCCGGUCAUCAGACUCUACAAUUACAAAAGAUUAUUCGGCAAGCGGGUACUCUUCCCGGAAUGGAGAGAUUGAGCAGUACCUUGAUAAUGGUAACAUAGAGGAAGCCGAGUUGUCGCUCCGGGAGGGCGUAUGCCUAAAUUAUGAGGAAGCAAGGGCAUUGCUAGGAAGGCUAGAAUAUCAACGGGGCCAUGUAGAAGCAGCACUUCGUGUGUUUGAUGGGAUAGACAUAUCUGCAUUAGUCCCUAAGAUGAAGAUCUCGAUUGCUAGAAAAGCAGAUCGUCGAAGGACUCAUUUGCAAUGGGACUCUCCACCAAUGCCCUUGCAUGCUGUCAGCCUACUCAUGGAGGCCAUAUAUCUCAAAGCAAGGGCACUUCAUGAUCUUGGAAAGUUCAAAGAAGCUACACGAGAAUGCAGAAUGAUAUUGGAUAUUGUGGAAGCAGCAGUACCAGAGGGCUUGCCAUCAGGCUUCGGAAAAGGUUGUAAAUUGAAUGAAAUAAUAUGCAAGGCUGUCGAGUUGCUCCCUGAGCUAUGGAAACUUGGGGGGUUUUCACUUGAAGCCCUUGCUUCAUACAGGAGGUGUCUUCUGAAUAAUUGGAAUCUCGAUGGAGAGACCAUAGUUAGAAUACAAAAGAAAUUUGCUGUUUUUCUCCUAUACAGUGGCUGUGAAGCACGCCCUCCAAAUCUGCACUCUCAGUUGGAUGGUUCAUUUGUACCUCGCAACAAUAUGGAAGAGGCUAUUCUUCUUUUAAUGAUUCUACUGAGGAAGUUCAAUCUCAAGAGGAUUGAGAGUGACCCCUCUGUGAUGCAUCACCUUACUUUUGCACUGUCCAUGUCAGGGCAGCUAAAUCCACUGGCUGAACAAUUUGAAAUUUCUUUACCUGGUGUACUAGACAAAAAUGAAUGGUUAUACAAUGUUGCAUUGUGUUACCUAGCAGAAGAAGAUGAUCUGAGCGCUCUGAAUCUACUCAAAAGAAUACUGAAGUCUGGAGAGGAUUCUGAUCAUCUCAAAGAACUUCUCCUAGCUUCAAAGGCUUGCGUUGAGAUGAGUGCUCAUACCGAGGGUGCUUCCUAUGCACGGAGAGCCAUCGCCAAUAUGCAGGCAGGAUGCGAACAAAUGGCAGGAGUUGCAGACCUAUUGCUUGGUGUUAGCCUUUCUAAUCAAGCUAGAAGUGCCAUAUCUGAUACAGAUCGAGCAUCUUGGCAGUGCGAAGCACUGGAAAUGCUUGGGAAUGCUGAAAAGAAGAUGCAUGGAAAAGAUUCUAGGGUAAUGUACAGUCUCAGCCUUGAAAAUGCUGAGCAGAGGAAAUUAGAUGCUGCAUCUUUUUAUGCCAAGAAACUGGUGAAACUAGAGGCUGGAUCGGAGUUGAGAAGUUGGCUUCUUUUAGCUCGAAUACUGAGUGCUCAAAAGCAGUUUGCUGAUGCUGAAACAAUUGUCAAUGCUGCUCUAGAUCAGACUGGGAAAUGGAGCCAAGGAUAUCUAUUGCGAACCAAAGCCAGAACUCAGGCUGCACAAGGACAAUUCAGGGAUGCAGUUGUGACAUACACCCAACUUCUUGCUAUCAUUCAACUUAGAACAAAAAGUUUUAGUGCUGGGUUCUACUUGGUGAAGGGCAAUAAGGAUGAAAGAAGCCUGGAAAUAGAGACCUGGUAUGAUUUAGCUCUCUUGUACCUAGGUAUGUCACAGUGGAGGGAUGCAGAGGUUUGUGUAUCAAAGAUAAGAGCCAUCAGCCCUUAUUCUGCCUUGACUUGGCAUGUUACAGGAAAAAUAUAUGAAGUGAAAGGUCAUACAAAAGAAGCUUUGGGAGCUUUUUUCAGAGCAUUAGACCUUGAUCCAAAACAUGUCCCAAGUUUGAUAUCAACUGCUAUUGUUCUUCAACAACUUGGUGACAGGCCAUUGCCUUCUGUUCGGUGCUUCCUGACUGAUGCAUUGCAACUGGAUAGAACUAAUCAUGUGGCAUGGUUUAAUCUUGGCCUACUUUACAAAGAGGAAGGUGGCAGGUCAGCAGCUGAAGCUGCUGAAUGUUUUCAAGCUGCUGCUCUUCUUGAAGAAACAGCACCUGUAGAGCCUUUCAGAUGACAUCUAUAUGUACAGGGGCUAUAGAAAUUGUAAGCUACUGUAUGUCUUUUGAUAUAUUUCACUUAUACUGCUGAAAUAGUAAAUUACAGAAUUCCAGAAAUGACCUUCUUCGAGAGAUUAUAGCAUCAGAAACAGUUGGAUUUUUUUGGUUAAUAGUUCAAUCUAUAGUUCAAAUUUGUUUUCUAUGAAGCAACCAGAAAGAUGAUGCUCUUCUACCUAGUGUAGAAACUUUGGUUACUCUGAUUUACAGAAAGUUAGACGACCAGUAUAAUGUUAGUAUAUCUUGAGCAAAAUGCUUUCACAUAUGAGGUAUCAGACUAUACUGUUUGUUUAUGGAGAAAUUAUAACAGAUAAAAUAUGUUCUUGGGUCCUUCAGAAUUUAAUUCAAUAUUUGCUAUCAACUGUAACGUUCCUUGCAUGUCAAUUAUAGAUGAGAAUCUAUGUCCUGGUAUUUGCUGUAACAAAGCAACCCUACUUAACCUUGUUCUGGACAAGAUCGUGCCAAAUACUUGGGUUAUGGCAGUUAUUCUGAGUCCACAGUCCACAUUGCACAUAUUAUUGAAGUUAGUAAUCUUCAAAUGUGACAGUAUUGUAUAGGCUUCUCCCGAGGCUUUCUUCCAUGGAAGGCCCUUUACUGUUGUCAUGUUGCAGCUUAGCUAGUAGCAUCAAUUAAUGCAGCAGAUAUUGGUCCCUGUUGAUGCACUGAUGAGAUGUUAUGCUAACAACUGAAAUUCAAUUAUGUCACGAUCAUUUGGUCUGGUUUUGCCCAAGUCUGGUGGACAUGUUUUUCUUUUCAAUCGAUCUUGCAAUGAUGAAUUCAAGGAUUUCCACUCAUGUUUGUCCGUCUGGUAAGAAACCCAUGCUCUUUUAUCCUCUGUCUUUCUCAUAAUAGGUCAUUGUACUGAAUUUUGAGGGCUGUUGUGCAGAGGUUUAACUAUGCAGUUAAGUGUUAACUACUCGUCUCAAAAGAUGUGUUAAUUGCUCAUAUAACACAGGUCUGAAAAACUUUCCCUACUUUACUUUCAAUUAAUUAGUUUAACCACAAUAUCUGAAAAAAAUUAUCUUCCAAUUAAUUUUAGCUCAGACCCAUCAAAUGACUUGAUGCAGGCAUUUUUUGGUGUUUGCAGUUUACUGUGUUGCAACAUUACAACAUGUACAUGUCUUUUAUUUUUCGGGAAAAUCCAUAAACCACCCAUGAAUCACUGGCCUCUUAAACCAUCGAAUCUCAUUAUUGUCUGUUUAUUAUCACCCCCAUAGUAUUAUGGGAGUUUUUUCCUUAUCUUUUCUUAUCUGCACUGUAAUUGACGAGUUCUUUGGCAUCCAGGUAACAGCAUGUGUUGAGCUCCACAAUGGAAAUCUUGAGUUGCUACUAUCAAACAAGCAUCGGUAGGUAGGAUGCUAAUUCAGUGAUCUGGAUGCAAUAUUUAAGAGCUUUUCCAAUCCUCUUUGCAAACUGGAAGGCAAAUGGCCCAACCUUGUUCCUUGAUUUUUUUUUUUAUAAAGGCACUGUAAUUUUGUGCAUAAAAUAUCCUGGAAAUCCUCAUGAGUAAACCAUUCUAGAGUUAUUCUGACACCAACCAUUCCGGAUUUGACACCCCGUUUUGUUGGUUGGAUGAGAGCUAGUAAUAUCCUCCCAAAUAGCAGCUCUAUGCUUGAGCUCCC